GUGGAGACUGUUGUGGUAAACUCUGGAAGAUUCCUCCGCCUGCAUUAUAAAUACGGAGGGGGAAGCGGCGGCCGCGAGUUAUAGCUCGGGACGUGUUCGUGAAGAGGUUGAGGGAGUGGAUUUGGCGUUAGCGGCGAUGGGGAAGGACUACUACCGCAUCCUGGGCCUGUCCCGUGGAGCCACCGAGGACGAUAUUAAGAAGGCGUAUCGUAAACAGGCGCUGCGCUAUCACCCUGACAAGAAUAAGGAUCCUGGCGCUGAGGAACGUUUCAAGGAGAUCGCCGAGGCGUACGACGUACUCAGUGACCCCAAGAAGCGCGAGAUUUUCGACAAGUUUGGCGAAGAGGGACUAAAGGGAGGCGGUCCCAGCUGCAGUGGAGGAGGUCCCAAUGGCACUUCAUUUACCUACACCUUUCAUGGAGAUCCUCAUGCCAUGUUUGCAGAGUUCUUUGGUGGGCGCAAUCCUUUUGACACCUUUUUUGUACAAAGGAAUGGGGAUGAAGACAUGGAUGUUGAUGAUCCUUUUGCAAAUUUUCAAAGCUUUGGAAACAUUGGCUUUACUCGCACUCGUGGAGGUCAUGAAAACGUGCGCAAGAAACAAGACCCUCCUAUUACUCAUGACUUGAGAGUAUCCUUGGAGGAGAUUUACACUGGAUGCACCAAGAAAAUGAAAAUUUCUCAUAAGCGUCUCAGUGCAGAUGGGAAGACCACACGUACUGAAGAUAAGAUUCUAACAAUUGAAGUAAAGCGUGGAUGGAAAGAAGGAACAAAGAUUACCUUCCCCAAAGAAGGAGACCAAAUGCCAAACAACAUUCCAGCUGAUAUUGUCUUUGUUUUAAAGGACAAGCCACACAGCACUUUUAAGAGAGAUGGGUCUGAUAUUAUAUUCCCAGCCAAGAUCAGCCUCCGUGAGGCUCUGUGUGGCUGUACUGUGAAUACUCCGACGCUCGAUGGUAGGACCAUACCAAUGGUAUUCAAGGAUGUCAUUAAACCUGGAAUGAAGCGAAGAAUUCCUGGGGAAGGGCUUCCCUUUCCCAAGAAUGUAAACCAGCGAGGGGAUCUUAUUAUUGAGUUUGAUGUCAGAUUCCCAGACAGAAUUCCACAGGCUUCAAAAAGUGUUCUAGAACAGAUCCUGCCAAUAUAGUGAGAUGGUCAGUGGAAACGGGACUGCAAUGCCUCCAAAGCAGAGGAUGUUGGACUGUUAUCAGGAUUUCAGGGUCUCUUUUGGCAGGAGUGUAGGGGAGUAACUUUCAUGUUGCUCAAAGUUUUCCAGAGAAUCCAAAUCUUGCAAGUUGCAUAUUGCACUUAUCAGUGACUCUAGCCCCAAGUUGUCAUUGCUCAAAGCAUUUAUACCAGUGAACAGGUACUGAUGGAAGGAAUUGGCAGAACAUCUCAUGGGGAUGACAGUCAGUCACAAUUUACUGCUUUCAUUUGAUUGGCUAGCCCUAAUUAGGGCAUGUCAUGUAGAACUUCCACUGGAAAGAAUAAGUCUCAAACAUAAAACUGGACUUCAUAGCAAACGUCUCCAAUUUCUUGUGUCUGUUAUACUGUGUUGUCUUUUGUACCAUUCUAUACUUUUACAGUUGCACAUCUUUGAUAUUCCUUUAACCUAUUUACUCACUGCUCUGAGAAGUGUCCUUUGUUAAUAGUGCCAUGCACUGAUUUUCCUAAGAUGGAAAUAAUUUUCCUUUCAGAAAAGGAAGUGCAAUACAUCCUUCUGGACCUUUUCUAUUAAGCCUACAGCACACUGGCUAAUUGCAAAAUCCUAUAAAGGUAUUCAUGUUUUUUUCAUUGAAAUGUAUGACUUUUUGUCCACAGCUCUUCUACCUAGGCACUGGUGGCUGUAGGUCACUUGGCCUAUUCCUAAGGGCUGGCAGAAUAUCUCACUGCCAUAGU